AUGACUGGAAUAACCAGCACCGUAGGAUUCAACGCCGUUUUCGCCGGAAUCACCAAAUCGGCUUCUCAUUCAUCAUUCUGCGUUACAUCUAUCGAUUCCAAGCUCUGCGGUCUUCGUCUCUCCAAGGCCGAACUCCCCGUUGCUAAUUCUCCUCGACGUGGCCUCGCCGUCACUUGCCGCUACGGCGGUGGCGGAGGAGGCUAUCGUUUCUCUGGAGACUCUAGACGAGGUAGGCCGAAAGAGGCCGAAGUAGAUGAAGCGCUUGAUAUAUCGUCAAUUAGGUCAGCUACUGUUAGGCUAAUAGAUGGGCAACAGAACAUGCUUGGCUUAGUGUCUAAAGACGAAGCUGUUCGAAUGGCUGAAGAUGCUGAACUUGAUUUGGUGAUUCUAUCGCCUGAUGCAGAUCCUCCGGUUGUUAAAAUGAUGGACUAUAGUAAGUACAGAUAUGAACAGGCAAAGAAGAAGAAGGAUCAACAAAAGAAAACCACUCGCAUGGACUUAAAGGAGCUUAAGAUGGGUUAUAACAUUGAUCAGCAUGAUUAUUCCGUACGGCUAAAAGCUGCCCAAAAGUUCUUGCAAGAUGGUGACAAGGUUAAAGUGAUUGUGAGCAUGAAAGGACGAGAAAACGAGUUCAGAAACAUCGCUAUCGAACUCCUCAGACGUUUUCAAACGGAAGUUGGGGAGCUUGCGACUGAAGAGAGCAAAAACUUCCGGGACAGAAACUUGUUCAUUAUCUUGGUGCCAAACAAGGAAAUGAUCCGGAAACCACAAGAACAACCCUCGAGAAAGAAGAAGAAACCGGCUGAAAACGGAGUUUCAGCUUCGGAAAAUAGUGUUUCAGCUUCGGAAAACGGUGUUUCAGCUGCGGAGAACGGUGUUGCAGCUGUGGAAAAUGAAGUUUCAGCUGCUGAAUAA